GGUACUGGCAUGGAGCAGACGUGUGCUCGCUCACCUGAUGAUCACUCUCCAUCUGACAACAGAGGAUGCAGCAGCACCAUUGCACUUAAAUGCGAAGUCAGUGGGCAUGAAACAUCUCUUAAAACUCAGAACCCAAAUGGUAGAGUCAGUGAAAGACGUAAUUUCACUUUUAGUUGGGCUGAAAGAUCCGGAAAAUUAGACCAUAGUGAAAAUGCAGCAUCUGGCAAACUCAAUGAGAGUAUCUACUCAGCUCUGACAGCUAAUGAAAAUUUCUGUGUAAGGAUGGAGAAGCAUUUUAAUAAGAACAUUAAUGCUUAUGAAGAGAAAACAAUAAGAGGAUGUGUAAAUUUAGGAAUGCCUCUCAAGUGCCUCCCUACAGGUUCUCAUUUAAAAGUAUAUUUUAGUAAGAGAAAGGUGAACAAGAAAGAAAAUGAUACUUCUUCCACUGGGGAAAAUGAUCAGCUAUUACGCCCAUAUGAAAAUCCCAACGACCUCGAAUGCAUUCUUUUUCAUGUUCUGGCUAUUGGGAAGGAAACUAAGACUAUUGUUAAGAGCAGGGAAUUUCAUGAAAAGGCAAGUACACUUUGUGUCUAUGCCUUGAAGGGUGAGACUAUCCAAGAAGCCCUGUGUAAGGAUGGUCGAUUUCGGCCUGACCUGGACCAAUUAAAGUGGAAACUCAUAGAAAAUCAUAAGAAGGUUUAUGAAAAACAGUCCAGAGUGGAGGACGUAUCUGGGAAAACCUUAGAAAUGGAAAUUCCUAAGAAGCCAUCUGACAAGAAACGUACCCAUAAGGAAAUUGAGCAGAAGAAUGAAAGUGCCACUGGUGAAAUCAGUCCCCAGAAUCAGAUGCCAUCUCAGGUCCAGGUUCUCAAACCAGAGACAGAUGGAGAGACUGAAGAUGUAGAAUACAGCCGAAAAAAAGUUUUCCCACCUCGAAGUCUAGGACAUGACAUUGAAAAUAAAAGACGCCGGACAAUUUCCGAAUUUAAAAAUUAUUAUCGGAAAAAUCACAAAAGAAAAUACAUGAAACAAAUCUCACUUGGUUGGCAAAGGCCACGUCUGGGUAUGCAAUCUGUUAUUAAGUGGGAUAUCCAGGAGAAGACAACUGAUCCCUGGCUAAAGAAUUGCCAAAUGUUGACUACAGUGAUAAUUCAGCAAUACCCAAAUUUUAGUAAAUAUGCACUUCAUAUGAAAAAGUUUUUUCAGAAAGAACAGAGGAGAAACAAACUGUCACCAGCUCAACAAUUCGACAUGUAUGAAAAGCGCUUCGCAAAAGCGACUAAAAAUUCUACUACAGUUGCAACCUAUGAGCUGCGUACCCAACGUAGUGAGUCAGUUGGUUUCAUCUCUUGGGACAAUAGUGGAAACACAGACAAGCCAGGCAAUGCUACUUGCUUUGUCUUCAAUGAUGGUUACAUUUUCACCUCUCUACAUGUUGUACACAUGAUGGUGGGAGAAGACACAGAUCCAAGUUUGUGGCCAGAUAAAAUAGGCAAAUGUGCAAAGGUAACUUUCACUUAUAAAAAGUUCCACCCUGUUCCUGAAGAAUGGUUUCACAUUGAGCCAUGGUUUGAAGUGUCUGAUAAAGGUCUGGAUUAUGCCAUUUUAAAACUAAGAGCAAAUGGAAAUGGAUUCCCUCCAGGCCUAUUUAAACACAUUUCCUCUUUGCCAUCAGGUGGUUCACUUUAUUUAAUUGGUCACCCAGAAGGCCAGGUAAAAGAAAUAGAUGAGUGUACUGUGAUUACUCUAGUGGAU